CUCUGGAAAUCAGCUUUUUUGCAGUAAACAGUGAAAGUGACACUAGGUAUUUUCGCUUCAACUAAAAUCGACGUUAUUCGGGGAGUUCAAAUUUAUCAAUCAGCUUACGGGAGGUUUCAAAAAUCAGUCCAGUAGAUGGAACUCAAAGUGCAGAUUAGGCGAGGGAUUAGCAACGAAAUUAGUUCUCAAUAGUCUAUCGUAAGGCAUAGACGCAUAUACUGUGAUACGCAAGAAUUGUAUAGAAUACUUACAACUAUGUGCUGCUGCUGUAACUGCUCUAACCGUGCAAAGAAAGUAUGGGCCUUUUUAGGAGUGGUAUUUAUUUUUGGUUUGGCAGCAUUUUUCGGAUUCGGUCUACCCGCUAUAGUGGAUUCCGUAGCACGGGGCGAAUUCAUAAUGAAGCCCGGUACAGAAGUGUACGAUAAUUGGUUGGAUUCCCAAGUGCCCAUGUAUUUCGACAUUUAUUUUUGGGAUUGGACAAAUCCGGAGGACAUUAGAAAUCCAAACGUAAAACCGAAUUUCGUCCAACGAGGACCAUAUGUCUUCCUUGAGGUUCAUCAAAGACAUAAUAUCACAUUCAACUCGGAUCACACGAUCACUUUUAAGCAAAAACGAACAUGGACUUAUAUUCCAGAGCAAUCCAAUGGAGACUUUUAUACUGAUACAGUAACGACACCACACACUAUUUUAAUGUCCACUGGUGAAACCGUCAAAGACGAUCCAUUUCUAGCAUCCAUCAUAGAUGGAUUGAUUAGAGCGAACAAUUUACUGGAUGGUAUCACAUACCAGGAUGUUCUAGUACAAGAUAUUCUAUUCAAUGGAGCUGAAGAUAAACUACUAGCCGCAUUGCAAGUACUGGUGGAAGCAUUUCCAGAAAUAGUGGAGGGCAUAGAGGUACCUGAUUGGGAAGGUUUUGCAUAUUUUGCUGAGCGCAACAACAGUAUUGAAUAUGAUGGUGAAUUCCGUAUGGGAACCGGCACUGAUAUGUGGCCAAGAACUGGCCUUAUGACUGCCUGGAAUGGAGAGCCAACGGUCCCGUACUAUCGCGGAGAAUGUGGACGUGUUCACGGCUCAACAGGUCAAGUUAAUCCUCCAAUGACAAGAGAGCAAAUUGACAGUCAAGAAAACUUCAUAUUAUUCGUUACGGAUCUAUGCAGUGCGAUAAGCUUAAAGUACGAUGGUGAAUUUGAACUUAGUGGAGUGCGAGGUGGUGUGUGGAUUGGGGAUAGUCGUGUCUUCGACGGUGGUCACAAUUAUCCGGAAACAGAAUGCCAAUGUACGGCACCUGUAGAAGAGUGUCCGGUUCUUAGACGAGGAAUGUUUGAUGUAUCCGGAUGCAAUUUCGGUGCACCGCUGCGUGUGAGCUUCCCGCACUUCUACAUGGCUGAUCCGUACUAUUUGAAUGCCGUCACUGGCCUAAGUCCAUUGCGUCAAGCGCACGAAUUUCGAUACGCAUUGCAUCAAUUCUCGGGAAUUCCGUUGCAGGUUAAUGGUAGAGUGCAGUACAAUGUUCAUGUGAAGGAUUAUGGAUUAGAACUUACCAAUGGUUUACCUGAUAUUAUUCUGCCUGCAUUUUGGGCAGAACAACGCGUCGUACUGACACAGGAAAAAAUUGACGAAAUUAAGCUUAUUUACACUUUGCGUGAUGUCGGAUAUUAUACGGGAUGGGCACUUUUCGGUUUGGGCCUGUUGGCAUUCGGAGUGGCACUGUAUUUUGCUAUCUUCGUAUGGAAAGACUGAUUUUGUUUAUAACGACGGCAAAAAAAUGAUGAAAUUAAUAAACUUUGCAUUAUUAUUUUUGUAGAAA